AUGCAGUUAGGCGAAGUGGUGGUUGACCCCGCGCCGCCCCCCAGCAGCGAGUAUGCGCGAGUAGUGCCCUCCACCCCGUACAGUCGAGCCACCCACCCAGGCUCAGCCAGGCCAGGCACCACCGUACACCCAUCACCAUCCACUCACUCUCUUCGUUCACCACUCUGUCACCACAAGUCAACAUACGAAAACACACCACCUCGUCACCUCCUUCUCUUCCGCAAACUCCCUCCCACCGCGCUCUCAGUGCAAGCUGCGAUCACCAGCUUCCUGACCGUCGCCACACCGGCACAGGCACUAGUCCGUCAUGGAUCCCUCCAUUCUCAGAGGUAUGUCUCAACCAUUAACGGCUCACUCCCAUUGUCAUCCGUAUCAUCAGUCACUAACGUCCUCAAAGGUCUCAAUGACAAAAUCUACGAGCGAAGGAAGGCUGCGGCCCUCGAGCUGGAGAAGCAGGUUCUGUCUUCAGACGGAGCCCGCAUCUCCAGCAUCAUCGAUCAGCUGUGCGGCAUGUUUGCACCCACUAAUGCCAUGCACACCCGCAACGGUGGCCUUAUCGGUCUCGCCGCGACUGCGAUCGCCCUGGGACAGGACGUCGCUCCCUUCCUUCCCGUGAUCAUUCCGCCGGUACUUGCAUGCUUCCAAGAUACUGAGAGUCGGCUUUCCUCGGACUCGGAGAUGUCUGUUAAGAAUGGCGCAGAACUGCUCGACCGGCUCAUGAAGGACAUUGUUGCGGACGCGGCAGCCAACUAUGUUUCGGUGUACCACGACGAGGACCCUGAACGCACGCCGCGGGAUCGGGACACGAGUCAAGGCAGCCAGGCGAUCGAAGGAGGCGCAGCGGGUGGCGACGACACGGUGUCUGCCAAGGACGUGGACCGACAGUCGAACGCGAGCCCGACACGGCACGACGGCGACCACUCUCGCACCGAAUCGAUUCUGAACGAGGACCGGCGCGCAUUCUCCCUGGAGCGAUUCAUCCCGCUACUGACGGAGCGUGUUUACGCCAUCUCGCCCUACACACGGAUGCACCUAGUGUCGUGGCUCAUGGUGCUGAACACGGUGCCGGACCUCGAGCUGGUCGCCUACCUCCCCGAGUUCCUCGACGGCCUGCUUAAGUACCUCGCCGACGGGAACCUGGACGUGCGAGUGGCGACCGAGAACCUGCUCGCAGAGUUUCUGCGCGAGAUCAAGAUUAUCGCGCAGCAACAGGAGAAGCACGCCGAGAUGGAGCGCACCCGCAUCCAGGAGAAGAGGAAGGGCACGGGCGACACGCAGCAGAACGACACCGACUCGACCCGCGGUAGUGACGCGGGAGACGACGAGGCCGUCGCCACUGAUGACGAGUACAGCGACUCGGAGUGGGACGACGGAUCGUGGGAGCCGAGCCAGGGCGUCAUCAUCGAUUAUGGCGCGAUCAUGGCGAUCGUCAUUGACCACCUGUUUUACCCGGACAACCUGGUGCAGACGACGGCGAUGGACUGGAUCUUGACCUUUUUGGAUUUCACGCAGACUACCGUCGUCGCGUUCACACCAAAGAUUGUGUCUGCGAUCCUGCCGAAUUUGGCGUCGACGAAUCGGCAUAUCAAGGCGGCCGCCACCGAGACAAACCGACAGCUGCUGGCUGUCAUCCAGAGUUUGCCACUGCAGGUGAAUCCGCCAGAGAAGCCGCAGACAGUGACGGUCGGGCAGCCUGGUGGCUCGAUGCUGACGGCAACGACGUCGAACAGCACUGCGCCCGGCACAUCUCCGCCGAAAUCCGGCGCACCGCUCGAUUCGCCCGAAAAGCUGUCGGGGACGAACACGGAUCCGCUCGAGUCGGGCUCACAGGUCAAGCUCGAGGCCAAGAUCAAGUCGCCAGUGCCGAUGUCUGAACCCUCAACACCUGCAAUCAGCGAACACCCCCUCCCCUCAAUACCGGGGAAGAUUGCGCGCACGCGACCGCAUUCGCCAAAUCCGCCGCCGAAGGGAGAGCCGGUGCAGAACCAGCUGCAGCAGCAGCAACAACAGCCGCCAGUGGCGUCUCCGCCAGAAGUGGUCGACGACGACCCGUUCGACGUUCGCGAGACGGUCAACAUGCUCACGCUCCAGUUCCUCAGCGACCACCCCGAGACGCGUAUCGCGGCGCUCGAGUGGCUCCUGAUGCUGCACCUGAAGGCGCCGACCAAGAUUCUGUCCCGAGACAGCGGCACGUUCCCUGCCCUGCUGAAGACGCUGUCGGACCCGUCAGAGGAUGUGGUGAAGCAUGACCUGCAACUCCUGGCGCAGAUCAGCUCUUCGUCCGAAGACUCGUACUUCCGAAGCUUCAUGGUCAACGUCCUCGAGCUGUUCAGCACGGACCGUCGCCUUCUCGAGACGCGUGGGUCGCUGAUCAUCAGGCAGCUGUGCCUGCACCUGAACGCGGAGAAGAUCUUCCGCACGCUCGCCGAGAUUCUGGAGAAAGACGACGACCUCGAGUUUGCGUCCAUGAUGGUGGUCAAGCUGAACAUGAUCCUGAUCACGUCACCCGAGCUGUCCGACUUCCGGCGCCGGCUCAAGAACCUCGACUCAAAGGACGGGCAAAUGCUCUUCAUCAGCCUGUACAAGUCGUGGUGCCACAACGCCGUGGCCGCGUUCGCCCUGUGUCUCCUGGCACAGGCGUACGAGCACGCAUCCAACGUGCUUCAGAUCUUUGCUGAGCUCGAGCUCACGGUCCCGCUAUUGGUGCAGAUCGACAAGCUGGUGAUGCUCAUCGAGUCUCCCGUCUUCACCAACCUGCGUCUGCAACUGCUCGAGCCAGACAAGUAUCCCUACCUCUCGAAAUGCCUGUACGGCCUGCUCAUGAUCCUCCCGCAGAGCAGCGCGUUCACCUCGCUGCGUGCGCGCCUCGCCGUGGUCAAUUCGUCCGGCUACGUGCCCCCCGUGACGCGGCCAGGUUACGCGCAGCCCUCGCGCAAGACGGAGAAGGACAAGAUUGGAUGGGACAGUCUGCUCUCGCACUUCCGCGCAGUGCAGCUGCGGCACGAGCGCGCGCGCCGCCAAGUCCAGUCCCUCGACCAAGGGGCGAGCAUGCACUUCAGCUCGCCGAGCGUGUCCUCGGGCGGAGCGGCGGGUGCGGGCGCACCCACAUCAGGUGCCCAAGUCCGCCCCGGUCUUCCCCGGCGCAAGACGCAGAGCGCCGACAAACGCGCCGACCCCAGCCUCGGCGGCGUUGUGAACCGCGUCACGUCGGGCUUAAGCCCCCUCAACCCUAAGCGCGUCACGAGCGGGGCUGCCGCUGCGUUAGUCUCGGCCGGCGGCGCGGUGGCCAGCAUGCAGGGGCUGGGCGCGAUGCGCCCCAUGUCCCCGCCCGUGGGAGGCAUGCCGGGCCGGCGGCGCUUCCCGCCUCGGCGCCGCGGAGAUGAAGUGUGA